AUGAAAUUGAGCCCACGAAUAUCAUCAGAAGUUAGACGAAAACUCACACAUUUAUCGAAAUAUGAUGCGACACAAGUGUUUUAUAUGAAAGAGACUUGUAUAAAUGUUGAUGAAAAUGAUCGAGUUAUUGGAUCGAUAAGUAAGGAACAAGCGCAUUCUUCGGAAAAUUGUGAGUUUUUUUAAAAAUACAUUUUUGAAGAGUUUUAUUUUAAUUUUUGAAUUUCAGUAGUUCUACAUAGAGCCUUCUCGGUAUUUUCGUUCACAAAAAAUAACAAAUUAUUGAUGCAACGGCGGAGUGAUGAAAAGGUUAGUUAUUUUUCAAUUUUUUCACCUCUGAAAAAUUCAAAUUUCAGAUAACAUUCCCAAAUCUUUGGACAAACACUUGUUGUAGUCAUCCACUUCACAAUGAUCGAGAAAUCAAUGGAAUUAUUGGAGCGAAAAGAGCGGCUGUUCGAAAAUUGGAACAUGAAUUAGGAAUCGAACAUAUUCGAGAGACGGAUUUCGAGCUGAAAGGAAAAUAUAUCUAUGAAGCGACGAUGGAAAAUGAGCCGUGGGGAGAACACGAAAUGGAUUAUGCAUUGUUGUUGAGAGGAAUUGGGAAAGAGAGAUGUCGGAUAAAUCGAAAUGAAGUUAGUGAGAUUAAAGAAGUUGAAUAUGAGGAAUUGAUGAAAUGGAUUAAUGCAGGUGAGAUUUUUUUUUGGCAUUUUUUGAAAAUUUAUAGUCUCCUGGAAUUGCCCUUGAAUUUUCUAGUCAUCUGAAAAUUCCACGUGGAUUUUCUAGCCUCCUGGAAAUUCCAUGUGGAUUUUCGAGCCUCCGGAAAAUUCCACGUGAAUUUUCUAACCUUCUGAAAAUUCCACGUGGUUUUUCUAGCCUCCUGGAAAUGCCACGUGAAUAUUCUGACCCCCUGAAAGUUCCACCAGGCCCGAAAAAAUUUUCCAAUUUUUUCCAGAACCCCACUCAUUCACACCAUGGCUACGAAUGUUUGUCAAAACUGACACAUUUUCAAAAUGGUGGGAUAUCUCGCAUCAAUCGCCAAAACAAGAAGAUCACAAUAUUUAUAGGUUGAAUUAG